AUGGUCGGGCACGACAUGUCAUGGGCGUCCUUUCACGUGCUCGAGGUCAUGUCCUCGCCCAAGUACGCCCAGAAGCGGGUGGGCUACUUGGGCGCCGUCCAGAGCUUCCGCGCCGACACGGAAGUCCUUAUGCUUGCGACUAAUCUAUUAAAAAAGGAUCUAAGCGCUGCCGCGCCGACCGUCAUGUCCCUGCCGAUCGCAACGCUGCCGCACGUCAUCACGCCAUCGCUCGCGCUCUCGACGCUCGCCGACCUGCUGCCGCGGCUGGGCCACAGCCACGCCAACAUCCGCAAGAAGACGCUGGUGACGCUCUAUCGGCUUGCGCUUGUGUACCCGGAGGCCCUGCGGGCGGCGUGGCCGCGCAUCAAGGAGCGGCUGAUGGACGCGGACGAGGACCCGAGCGUGACGGCGGCGAUUGUGAAUGUCGUAUGCGAGCUGGGAUGGCGCCGGCCGCACGACUUUUUGCCGCUCGCGCCGCGGCUGUUUGAGCUGCUGGUGGACGGGGGCAACAACUGGAUGGCUAUCAAACUGAUCAAGUUGUUUGCCACACUGACGCCGCUCGAGCCUCGACUUGCCAAGAAACUGCUGCCGCCGCUGACGAACAUUAUACGCACGACGCCGGCCAUGUCGCUGUUAUACGAAUGUAUUAAUGGUAUUAUCCAAGGCGGAAUUCUUGGAAGUGCCGAUGAUACCGAUACUGAAGAAAUUGCUACCCUGUGUGUGAACAAAUUGCGAGGCAUGAUUAUCAUGAAUGGUGAUCCAAAUCUGAAAUACGUCGCCCUCUUAGCAUUCAACAAGAUUGUUCUCACCCAUCCCUACCUCGUGUCGCAGCAAGAGGACGUCAUCCUAGAGUGCAUUGACAGCCCCGAUAUCACGAUCCGUAUCCAGGCUCUCGAUCUUGUUCAAGGCAUGGUCACGAGUGAUAACCUGGUGUCGAUUGUCAGUCGACUGAUGAAACAGCUCAAGGCCGCCACAGCUCCCAAGGGAAAGCUUGAGGCCGCCGCGCUGGACUUGGCAGAUGCGUCUGCAGAUUCUGAUGAGGAAGCGCAACAAGCUGUCAACGCAGCAGCGAACAAGAAUGCCAUGCCACUUCCCGAAGACUACAGAAUCGAUGUUAUCGGAAGAAUUUUGUUCAUGUCUGCUAAGGACAAUUACGCCAACAUUGUCGAUUUUGACUGGUAUAUCGAUGUUCUCACCCAGCUUGUCCGAAUGACACCUGUGCCACGACUUGCUGACGGUGAUUGGGAGGCUGCUGCAAACAAGCGAUCUGCUGCCGGUGUAUCUGAAAAGAUUGGAAAUGAACUGCGAAACGUCGCUGUCAAAGUUCGAGCUAUGCGACACUCAGUUCUAAGAGCUUCCGAGAGCAUCUUGUCCCAGCUGAUUGCGGACACUCCGGCGGGACAUUUCAUAACAGCCGAGGCGCUCAAAUCAGUCGCGUGGCUGCUGGGUGAAUACUCCGAUAUUCUGUCCGCGCCGGAUGACAUGAUGAACGCCUUACUGCAGCUCACAACACGCACUGCUAAGCCUGAUGUUGCGGCGGUCGUGGUAUAUGCCAUCGCCAAGGUCUUCGCAUCCUCGACAGGGAGCGAAUCUGAACUGUGGACUGCGGAAAGGAAGUCAAGAACGUCGUUACUGUUGGCUCGCAUACUUCACUCUAUGGAGCCUCUCACAUUGAAUCCCAGUCUCGAAGUCCAGGAGCGUGCUGUUGAGUUCACGGAACUCUUGAAACUCACAGCUGAAGCAGCGUCAGGGCAGCCUGCCUCUACAGAUGAAGAGUCACAAGAUCCUCCUCUGCUGCUGACGCAAGCUAUACCGUCGCUGUUCAACGGUGGCGAGCUGACUUCGGUUGCAGCUGGUGCCCAAUUGAAUGUACCGAUUCCCGACGGACUUGAUCUAGACGAGCCAAUUCACCCCAACCUCAAUCGCCUCUUGGCCAAGGCCGACAUUGUCACCCUUGAUGCGGAUGAUGCGGAUGAGUUUGAAGUCUACUACCACCAGAGGCCUGCGCCUACGAGCGUCUCGUCAUCUGCUCCCGCCAUCAGUCUUCUCGCCGAAGCAGACGAGAAUGUCGGUGGCUCUUAUCAGCAGCCCUCUGAAGACAGCUAUCUAGAUGCCGAUAUCGUCGCCCGACGAAAGGCGGAAAGGAUAGAGAGAAACAAGGACGACCCAUUCUACAUUGGCGGCACCAACGGACCGCAUACCUCGAACUCCAUUCACAAUAUUCUUCAAAACAGCAACGGGCCGGACCUCGACAUUGAUGCGAUCCCCGUUAUGCAGCUUGACCUCGACAAGUUGAGCGGGCCCACGCCGACAACGGCACACCGUCCAGCGGCGAAACCGCGGCAGCGCGUCGUGAUUGCCGCAGACGAGACCUUGCAAGGGGGCGCCAGCGGCGACCGCUCGCCCCGAAAUUACGACUCAGAGAACAACUCGGACUCCAUGGCGGCCCGUGGCAAGGCGAGGAAGUUAAAGCAGUCCCUGCUGCAGGUAGACUCAAGCACAAUUGGUGCCCUGAGCCUCGAGGGCGAGCCGAGCGGCGGCUUUGACCACGAGCAGCAGCAGCGCGAGGAGGCGGAGAUGCAACAGGCCAUGCGGGAGGUGGAGCGGCUGCGCCUGGAAAUGCAGCGUGCAAAUGAGCGCAUCCAGGUCGCGCAGGGCGUGGACGUCGAGGGCGCGGUGGUCAAGAAGAAGAAGAAGAAGAAGCCGACGACGACGACGACGACAACUGGUGAGGGGGAGACGGUGGUGAAGAAGAAGAAGAAAGUCAAGAAGGUGGCGUCGUCGCCCGAGGACGGUACCGCAGGAGAGAACGUAACCGUGGGUGGUGGUGGUGAUGCCGAGGUUGGCGUGGUUGCGCCAAAGAAGAAGAAGAAGGUGAAGAAGCAACCCGUUGCGGAAGCGGAGGGGGUGGACACGGGUGAAUGA